CAGAGACCGAAGCGGUGAAGCAGCUGAAGCGGUGAAGCGGCUGAAGCGUCCGCUUUAUGUUGUGGGCUGUUUUUUGAAAGGCUAACUUUAAUAAAAUAAUAAGUCCAGGUCAAAAUUUUAAUACAAUAAUACAUCCAGGUCAAAAUCGUAAUAAAAUAAAAAGUCUGGGCCAAUUUUAAUAAAAUAAUUAGUCCAGUUAAUUGAAAUCCUCAGCGCCACUUUGAGACAUUUUAUUUGCACAAUCAGCUAGGGUUUUGCAGCAGCUCUUCUUCUCCACUUUCAGCAAUUAAAAAAUGUCCGAAGACCCGGCUUGGAAGUAUGGGAAAAAACUUAGUGAGACCAAUCGGACUGCAGUUAUGUGUUUGUUUUGUGAUAAGAUAACUAAAGGAGGAAUCUUUCGCCACAAACAACAUCUUAUUGGUACCUUUAGCGAUGUUGCACGCUGUCUAAGAUGUCCGGAGAAUGUGAGGGAAGAAAUAAAAACAUAUGUCGAAGGAAAAAAGGAACUAAAACGUCAAAUGUUACAUCAACCAACUGUAACUAAUCUUGACGACGACGAUGAUGAAACAGAAGAAGGUGAAGCUGUUGAUUUGUCCGUUCGUUCAAAAUCACAAAAACGAACAACUUAUGGACCAACCUCCAUUGUGAAAGGUCCUUUAGAUUGCUAUUAUCAACCGAAGCCAACUGAUAAUGCAGGGACAAGCAGUAAAAAAAAUUUGAAAGACACCGCUUUACGGCUUUUGAGGGAGCGUGCAGUUGCGGCUUUUUCACGAUGGAUGUAUGAUGCAGGGCUCCCCUUCAAUUGUGUCAAGUGUCAACCAUAUUGA